AUGGGCAAAGAGUGGUUGUACUGGGGUGGUGGUGGUGGUAGUAGUAGAUCCACAAAGAGAGUAAGAUCAGGGGGAGGAGAGAGAGACAGUAGUAGUAGUAGUACAUCUUCUGGUUGCAUGAGUGCUGUCCUUCACCUCUUUGAUUUACAUCACUUUCAGUUUGCUUUACACCAGCAACCCUCUUUCCACUCCGACUCUGUCCUUCCAGAGGAACCCACCGUCCUCAAAGGUGUAGAAGCACCAAGGAACAGCUUGGAGUUGGUGGAACCGAACAUGGAGGCUUCUUCAUUAUCAUCAAACAUGAAGAAAGAAGAAAAUUUGAAAAUUUUGAAUAUCCCAGCGGGUAUUCAAAUCAAAACCAGCAGUUACACUAGAACACCAAGGGCGUCGACUUCAAAAGCAAGAACAGACGAUUUCUCUUCAGAAUGUAGCAGCUCUCCAGGAGCUAAGACUCCAACUCUAGUCGCUAGACUAAUGGGUCUUGAUCUUCUUCCUGAAACUUGCUCUCCCUCUUUGUCAAAAUCACAUUUACAUCCUCGAUCACAGACUCAAAAACAAUCUCGAGAUCUGCUUUUAGGCCGGUCCAGCAUCAGUAGGGGUUUCUUUGACUAUGAUUCAAAGGGUACCCGUUCAUUGCCGGAGACACCAAGAAUGUCGUCGGCCAGAAGAUCGGACGUUGAUCAUCAUAGGCCUUCACUUCAAAUUAACAAAGAGAACACUUAUUUAUGUCAAGAGCUUGAAUUUUCUGGUAAUUUGGCCAGAAAUUCAGCUAGAAGAAGAGACUUGCGACUCGUAGAUAAUGAGAAUAGAAGUCCAGGACAGUAUGCCAGACAGAUUGUGAAGCAAGUGAAAGAGAGUGUUAGCCGGAAAGUUGGUCAAGACAUAACAAACACCAUCAAAGACAGAGAGCAAGGAAGAAGAGAUGAAAACCUUGUUCUACUUAAACCAAAGAAACCGACCAUUGAAUUUAGGGAAAGCAAGCAAUCAAGUCCUUCUUGCUCACCAAGGCUCAGGUUCUUGGAGCCCAAGGCCAAACCAGACACACCAUCAUCCACUAAGAAUCAAAAUUUUCUCUCUCCAAAGCUCACAUCAUCACCAUUGUCAUCAUCUGCGGAUAAUCAGUCACGAACGGUUAAAGUCCCAUCAAAACCUAAGGCUCAGCCACCAUUGCAAGAGCAACAAAAAUGCAAGAAAGUUAGGAGCGAGCGUUAUGGUCCACAUUUCAAGAAGCCGCCACAAAGUUCAGAAACGAUUUGGAACAAGAAAGAGGAGCCAUUUGUUCGUUCAUCNGUAUAG